AUGAAUCCAGAGCAAAUGCAAGCAUUUUUCAACCAAAUGCAAAAGCAAAGGGAACAAGAUAGCGCUGCUAUGCAAGCUCUUAUAGCACAGCUCAUUUCAUCGAGAUCUGGUGACACAUUCGAUGGUCCAAAGGUAGAUUUGCAACCAGAGCGAACAAUGGAUACGCUAGCGUCCAGCAUCACUGAAUUCGUUUACGACCCUGAACUUAACCUCACUUUUGAAACGUGGUACGCUCGCUACGAAGAUUUGUUCUUGGUAGAUGCCAAUAAGCUCGAUGAAGCAGCAAAGGCAAGUAUCGUUCCAAUACAAAAAACUUUCGAUAAAUCACUACUUAAAGAUUUUUAUCCAGCACUUUUCGACAAACAACUAGGCCUCUGUAAUAAAACUAAAGCGCAUUUAGUUGUAAAGGCUAACUGUCAACCUGUUUUCCGUCCGAAGCGAGUCGUAGCUUACGCAAUUCAACACCUGGUUGCAGCAGAAUUACAAAGACUGCAAGAUCUAAACGUAAUUUCUCCAGUUAAUUACUCAAAUUGGGCUGCGCCAAUUGUGGUAAUAAAAAAGCCAAAUGGCAGCAUACGCCUAUGCGCUGACUUUUCGACAGGUCUAAACGAUGCUUUGGAAACUUAUCAAUAUCCUCUGCCUCUACCUGAAGACAUUUUCGCUAAACUUAACAAUGCCACAGUUUUCAGUCAUAUCGAUUUAUCUGACGCAUUUCUCCAAGUAGAAGUUGACGAUUCUUCCAAAGAGCUUCUCACAAUAAACACCCAUAUGGGUCUAUUCAGAUAUAAUCGCAUGGUAUUCGGCGUUAAGACAUUUCCAGCAAUUUUCCAACAGAUAAUGGACCAAAUGCUGGCAGGUUUAAACAACACGGCGGCAUACAUUGACGAUAUUUUUGUUUCGGGUAAGAACCAAGCAGACCACGACGCAAAUUUGCGCGAGGUCUUACUUCGUAUACAGCAAUACGGUUUCAAAUUAAAAGUAGACAAAUGUAAAUUUUCUUAUCACGAAAUGGCCUACUUAGGGUACGUUCUCAAUAAAAACGGCAUUAGUCCAGAUCCAAAGCACAUUGAUGCAAUCAAAUAUGUGCCAGAACCGACCAAUCAAUCAGAACUAAGAUCAUUUUUGGGUGCGAUAAAUUUUUAUGGGAAAUUUAUUAACCACAUGCGAGAUUUUCGAGAUCCCUUAGACGAGCUGCUACAAAAGAAUAAAACGUGGCGUUGGACAAACGUUCAGCAAACAUGUUUUGAUAGCCUAAAAGAUAUUUUAUCAUCAAAGCUUCUACUAACACACUAUGACCCAACAAAAGGUAUAAUAGUGGCAGCCGAUGCAUCUAACUAUGGUCUCGGAGCUUGUAUUUUCCAUGAAUUUGAAGACGGCUCAUUGAAAGCGAUUUGUCAUGCAUCAAGAUCGCUUACGGCAGCAGAAAAACAUUACAGCCAAAUAGAGAAAGAAGCACUGGCGAUUAUUUUUGCAGUUACAAAAUUUCACAGAAUGAUUUUUGGUCGAACAAAUAGUUUUGGUUACGCUGACGUUUUGUCACGCUUGAUAAGCAAUACAUUCAACCCGUCAGAAGAUUAUGUUAUUGCAGCAAUUGAAUUUGAAUCUGAAAUAAAGCAAAUUUUAGAUGAAUCGAUUAACAAGUUGCCGAUUACAAGGUGGCCAAUCAAAUGUGACAAUAUUGACUACAAGCCGUACUUUAACCGGAAAGACAGCAUAAAUAUAGUCGAAGGUUGUUUAAUGUUCGGUCGACGAACUAUAAUACCAACAAUUUUCCAAAGGCGUAUACUUAAAGAAAUUCAUCGUGGUCAUCCAGGAAUACAGUAUACUAAAGCCAUUGCGCGCUACUACGUGUAUUGGUCGAACAUCGACGCUGACAUUGAAAAUAUGGUCAAAACCUGUCCGAACUGCACCGCAGCGGCCAAAAUGCCAACGAAGACGACUUUACAUCCCUGGCCAAAGCCUUCCGGACCAUGGGAGCGACUUCAUAUUGAUUAUGCUGGUCCAAUUGAUUCGUAUUAUUAUCUUGUAGUUAUCGACGCGUAUUCAAAAUGGCCAGAAGUAAUUCGAACAAAAUCCAUUACAACAGCGCUAACGAUUUUUAGUUUGAAUGAAAUGUUUGCUAGAUUUGGAUUGCCGAAAACAAUAGUAUCUGAUAAUGGCACUCAAUUUACCAGUCACCAAUUCCAGCAAUUUGUAGCAGAGCACGGCAUUCAACACAUUCGCAGCAGUCCUUACCAUCCCAUGUCCAACGGUCAAGCUGAGAGGUUUGUGGAUACUUUCAAACGGGCACUAAAAAAGUUGAACGGGGAGGGGGUAUCUGCACAAAAUCUUAUAGUAUUUUUACAAGUUUACAGAUCCACACCAAAUAAGCAGAACGAAGAAAACAAAUCACCGGCCGAAGUGUUACUCGGAAGACAGAUACGAUUAAAACUCGAUUUGCUUAAGCCAACUUUUUCUACUGAACCUGCAAUUUAUAGCGAUAAACAACUUAAAAUGAAAAAUCAGUUUAAUAGAAAGCACGGUGCUAAGCAAAAGCAUUACGAGAUCCAAGAUGUUGUUUUUAUAAGCGUUCACAAAAGCAAAGACAGUUUCAAAUGGAUGAAAGGAACGGUAGCUGGAUGCAUGGGGAAAGUUUUGUACAACAUACGAUUGCAGAAUGGUAAGAUUAUUCGAUGUCACGCGAAUCAAAUGCGAAAAUGUUUUGAAGGAAGCUCAUCAGUAAUGGAAAACGAAGCUGUAUGCAAUGACAAAAGACUGGCGGAAGCCUUUCAAUUAUAUGAAAUCGCACCACAGCAUGUUUUAAACUAUAAUCCUACACCAGCUAAUAAUCCAAACGAGGCGUUGGAACAGUUGGAACAGGUACCAUUACCAUCACAAUCUGAGAUUGGAACAACUAACAAUGGGCAGUCACGCGAUAAUGAUAUGCAAAGCAUGGGGACUGGAAACCAAACCACAUCAGUGCAACCGUAUGUACGACCGCAACGUAUUCGUAAACGAGUAGACCGUUUUAAACCAACUUGA